ACGGUUUGCUACUUGUUCCGGUACACUUUUUUCCAUUCAUAACAAAACUCUAGCAAUAAUUUCUUAUUAUAACUUUUAUAUCCUCAUGUCAUGCUUGAAAAAUCGAAACUCAUUUUUCUGCUGUUUUACUAUGAUUUCUCUAAUAUUAUAAGCUCUGGAUUUCAUUAUUUCUUUCCUAUAACGUAUAAGUGUAGGGUAAUUAAAAAGCUUUGCUAGGCAAGAUCUUCAAGGCACUCUAUUCCUGAUCAAAGCAAGCAAUACAAGAUAAAAGACAACCAGUUGAUCAAGAAAUGGACUUUCAGAACUUCCUUUUGGAGCUUGAAGAUGUAAUGUCGACCCUGAUUGCCAAAUAUUCAAAGUAUGACAAAAACACCAAAGAGAAUAUGAAAAUUCUCAAGGGAAUUUUAGAAGAGCUAAAUAACCGAAAGGAAGAUAUAGAUCAGAGAAUUUAUGCAAAGCAUCUUUCAGGAACACGAGAAAAAGAAGAAGUCAGAAACUGGUUAAAAAAUGUUCAAUCAAUCAACAGUGACAUACGAAGUAUUGAGGAAGAACUUGAAAGAGAGAAAUAUCUUUCAUGCGAAGAUCUUGGAAAACUUGUGGACGAAAAGAUUAUAGAAGCUCAGCAACUCCUCCAAAAAGGCAGUUCCCACAUAGGGAUUUUCGAUAAACAGCAUUUCAAGUACAUCAUCCUUGGUGGUGGUGUUGCAGCUGGAUAUGCAGCAAAGGAGUUUACUAGACAAAGGCUCCUACCAGGGGAGCUAGCAAUCAUUUCUAAAGAAGCUGUAGCACCUUAUGAGCGUCCUGUACUUACUAAGUCAUAUCUUUUCCCAAAUGAACCUGCAAGACUUCCGAGUUUCCAUGUAUGUGUUGGAAGUGGAGAAGAAAUACUGCUUCCUGAGUGGUACAAGGAAAAAGGGAUUGAAUUGAUCAUUGGAACAGAGAUAGUAAAAGCAGAUCUUGCUUCAAAGAUGCUCAUCAGUGCGUCUGGUAAAAUCUAUACGUAUCAAACUUUGAUCAUUGCAACUGGUUCCAAAGCAGUUAAGUUGACAGAUUCUGGUGUACAAGGAGCUGAUGCCAAAAACAUCUUUUACUUAAGAGAAAUAAGUGAUGCUGAUAUGCUUGUAGAAGCAAUAAGAACAAAGAACAAAGGAAAGGUGGUAGUGAUUGGAGGUGGAAACAUUGGUCUUGAAGUUGCAGCAGCUAUGAGAAUCAACAAGUUUGAUGUUAGCAUGGUCUACCGUGAACAAUGGUGCAUGGCUGGGCUUUUCAGUCCAACAAUUGCUUCUUUCUAUGAGGGCUACUAUGCUAACAAAGGAGUUAAACUUAUCAAAGAUACAGUUGCAGUUGAAUUCGAAGCUGACUUAAAUGGACAGGUAAAGAAGGUGAAACUGAAGAAUGGUAAGGUGCUGCAAGCUGACAUUGUUGUAGUUGGCAUUGGGGCAAGGCCACUAACUGAAUUAUUCGAAGGACAGGUUGAGGAAGAAAAAGGUGGUAUCAAAAUUGAUGGUUUAUUCAGAACAAGUGUCCAAGAUGUAUAUGCUGUUGGAGAUGUAGCUACAUUCCCUAUGAAAUUGUACAAUGACAUGAGAAGAGUACAACAUGUUGACCACGCUCGACAGUCAGCAGAGCAUGCUGUGAAGGCUAUCAAGGCAAGGGAGGACGGUAAAUCCAUAGAGGAGUACCAGUACUUUCCUUUUCUCUAUUCUAGCUACUUUGAUCUAUCAUGGAUUUUUUGUGGAGACAAUGUUGGAGAACCAGUGGUAUUUGUGGAUGCUCAAUACAAUACCACCAGGCCAUCACCUACAAAACCCAAGUUUGGAACAUAUUGGAUCAACAACGGAAAGGUGGUUGGAGCUUUCUUGGAGGGAGGAACUGCUGAAGAAAUCGAAGGAAUUGCCAAAAUUGUUAGUCUCCAACUUGAAGCUCAGAGAGAUCGACUUGAAAUAUAUGGGAUGCUAGUUGCUGGUUUGUAUGGCUUGAGGAAAGGCCUAUAA